UGAUGAUAGAUGAAGUGGUAAUGGAUACAAACCUAAUAACUUGCUUCUAAUUACAAACUCUUCUCUUUUAUUUCCUUUACGUAUAUGCGGAUUUAAAUUCACCGUUAGUUAGGUACAUCUUAAAAUAAUAACUCAUUUUAGUUUCACUCAUUAUAUAAUAUAAAAGAAAAGUAAAAUUAUAAUUAAAAAAAUUUGGAGCAAGAAAAUGGAGAAAAAUAUGUGUUAGUGUCUGAGAUGUAGGGAAGUGGAUUGAAUGAAUAAUUUAGCUUUAGGUAAAAGGGAAGGGAAAGAAGAGAGAGAAGAAAAGGGAAAGCAAAAAAGUCGGACACUUAAUGAAAGAAGAGAGAGUGUUGUGGUGUGGGGUUGGAUUUGACCAAGUUGGUAAGAUAGAAAAAGAAAAGAAAGAGAGAAGUUGUUAGUGGUUACACAUAGGCAUAGCCAUACAUAACCUCCAUUUGCCUUUCAUUUCUUCUAUAUAUCCCUUUUACCCUUUUCUUUUUCCAUCCAUACACCACAUAUAUACAUAUAUAUAUAUAUAUAUAUAAAAAAGAAGGAAAAACAACAAUACCCUCUUCUUCUUCCUCUUCUAUCCUCCUUACUUUCUUGUUUUUGUUGAUUAAUAAUAUUUGGAUUGAGUUAGUGUGUGUGUGUGUGUUGGUUGUUGGUCGUUGUUAUGGGGAGAUCCCCUUGCUGUGAGAAAGCCCACACCAACAAAGGUGCUUGGACCAAAGAUGAAGAUCAACGCCUCAUCGAUUACAUUCGCCUCCAUGGUGAAGGCUGUUGGCGUACUCUCCCUAAGGCUGCUGGAUUGCUUCGUUGUGGCAAAAGCUGUAGGCUUCGUUGGAUCAAUUACCUUCGUCCUGAUCUCAAACGUGGCAAUUUCACUGAAGAUGAAGAUGAACUCAUCAUCAGACUCCAUUCCCUUCUUGGAAACAAAUGGUCUGUGAUUGCGGGUAAAUUACCUGGAAGAACAGAUAACGAAAUCAAAAACUAUUGGAACACUCACAUCAAGAGAAAACUCAUCACCCGUGGCAUCGAUCCACAAACCCACCGCCCUCUUAACGAACCCCCCACCGCCGGCACCGCCCUCUCCCCACGUUUGCCUUACCAGAGUCAUCACCAUCAUCGUCGUCAUCAUCAGCAUCUCACGCCCAACCAUUCCUCCUCUUCUUCCUCCUCUCUUCCCAACAUCGCAGAACUUCCGAUUGUGAAGCCUGCAAACAACGUCCACUCCUCCGACGCCGACGAAGAAGGAAGCGGGACCACCACGGAGAUGGAUCCGCCGGUGGCUGCGGCGGAAACCAUGUUGGGAGUCCAUGUGAAAACAGAGGUGAAUUUGGAGCUCUCAAUUGGGCUGCAACCAUUUCAGGGAGAGGGGGUGAGGGGAGGGUCAGUACUGGGGAGCUCGGCAGAGUCGAGAUUGCGAGAAGAGAGAAGGGCGUUGGUGAUGUGCUUGUGCUGGCAAUUGGGAUGGGAGAAGGGCGGGGAGAGUUGCCGGAAUUGUGAGAGGACGUACGGGUGGUUCCGGGGAAGUGCUUUGGGUUCUUCUUCAUAGAGACAUUUGUUUUUAGAAAGAGGUUUGUAGGGAGAUAGGAGAGAAUAAUAUCAAAAUCUAAAUCUCCCAACUUUCAAUGCCAAAAUUAUUAAUUAUUAUUGUAAUGUAGAUAUCUAUAGAUAUUGUAGAUUGACAAACAUUUUUAUUCACUCAAAACCCAAAAACCCAAAACCCAUAAAAGAAAAGAAAUUUUUAAUCAAGUUUUGGGUCAUUUUCCAUUAGCUAAUUAAACCUAAUGUGUAAAUCCCUAUUGGGUUACUAAAAGUGGAUUCAUCUAUAAUUUCAUCA